UGCUGUCACUGCUAUAGUCCUGUUAGGGAGCCGGCGUCGUAGUGCUUGGCGGUCACCACCAAGAGGACCUUGGUGGAGCGGUUUUGGGGUAGCGCAGCGGCCCGCUGCGCUCGUUUGCGGUCUCGCUCUCAAUUUGCAGCUUCUGACUUGCAGUCCACACCGUAGGGCGAGCGUGCGGGUCAGCGCCGCCGCCGCCUUUGGGCCUGGGCCCAGCCGCAGCCUCCUCCGCCUCAGCUGGCUGAAAGGGGCCGCGAGAUGCAGCCGCUGGGCCCACCGCCGGCGUAUUCCCCCUCCAACGGGGACUUCACCUUUGUCUCCUCAGCAGACGCAGAAGAUCUCAGUGGUUCAAUACCAUCUCCAGAUGUCAGAUUAAACCUUGGUGGAGAUUUUAGCAAAGAAUCUACAGCUACUGCAUUUCUGAGACAGAGAGGGUAUGGCUGGCUUUUGGAAGUUGAAGAUGAUGAUCCUGAAGAUAACAAGCCACUCUUGGAGGAAUUGGAUAUCGAUCUAAAGGAUAUUUACUACAAAAUCCGAUGUGUUUUGAUGCCAGUGCCAUCGCUCGGUUUUAACAGACAAGUGGUGAGAGACAAUCCUGACUUUUGGGGUCCUCUGGCUGUUGUUCUUUUCUUUUCCAUGAUAUCAUUAUAUGGACAGUUUAGGGUGGUCUCAUGGAUUAUCACCAUUUGGAUAUUUGGUUCCCUAACAAUUUUCUUACUGGCCAGAGUUCUUGGUGGAGAAGUUGCAUAUGGCCAAGUUCUUGGAGUUAUAGGAUAUUCAUUACUUCCUCUCAUUGUAAUAGCCCCUGUACUUUUGGUGGUUGGAUCAUUUGAAGUGGUGUCUGCACUUAUAAAACUAUUUGGGGUGUUUUGGGCUGCCUACAGUGCUGCUUCAUUGUUAGUGGGUGAAGAAUUCAAGACCAAAAAGCCUCUCCUGAUUUAUCCAAUCUUUUUAUUAUACAUUUAUUUUUUGUCCUUAUAUACUGGAGUGUGAUCUGAAAAAGACAUACUUGAGUGGAAAAAGAUGAUGUUACGUUUGCGUGUAGACUGGGAGUCCUUGCUGAGGAAAUUGGAGAAAACCUCUUGGUGAUAACAUUUUACACUUUCCAGAUAGAUGUACAGACAGGAUUAAGGUCUCCUAAAAAA